GCUUCCGCCGCCGCUUCCGCCUGGAGCGCCGGGCCGGUCCCCGGGCGAGGAGGAGGUGCUGCCCCGGGCGGGGCGGCGGUGGCGGCAGCUCGGCCGGCUCCUCGGGCAGGGCUGCCCGGCGCUGGGGAGCGGCUCGGCUCGGCCUCCCGCCGCGCACGGAGCCGCGGGCCGCCGCUGGCGCGGCCUAGGGGAGGGUUGGCGGCGCGAUCCCGGGCCGGUCGCCUCCCGUGGCUGAGAGUUGUUAGUACCUGUGACAUGGGGUGCUGAACUUGAGUGUGAAAGCACAAGGCAGAAUUUCAUCUGGCAAUCACUUCUGUGCUGAAGGAUGUAAUUACUCUGAAGCUACUCCUGCUGGUACUGGAUCUGCACUGUUCACACAGUGGGUGAAUUAGUGAUCAAGUAGCAUGGUGGGAGCACUUAUUAAUAGCAGAAAAGCAGGAAUCAGUGGCAGAACUGCCCUUUGCUGAAAGGUGUGGAAAGUUCUCCAGCACUUUCAUUCAGUGAUUAAAUUGAAGACAUGGGGCCAAUGAAAUAUAAGUCAAGUGUGUCCUCAGUGUCCUGUGGUCUGCAGUAUCACCAUUCGUCAAUAAAGUGGAGUCCAAAAAUGAAUUUACACAUAGUGAGGACUUACUGCUCCUCAGCACCCAAGAGGCCUGAAGCCAAGUCUGCAAUGGAAAUGGCCGUGGGUCUCCUCGGCCGCCUGACAGAAGCUGGGACUGUCAUGGGAAAAAACUCCCUGCAAAAAGUGUCUGCAACAUGCAAGGCUUGGUGGGACAGAUAUGAAGAGUUUGUUGGGAUUAAUGAAGUCCGAGAGGCACAGGGGAAAGUGACAGAGGCUGAAAACGUCUUUAUGAUAGCUCGAGGGAUAGUGCGAGAGGCUCGGGAGAAUGUGGAAGCCCAACAGAUGAAACUGAAGGAAAUUCGGGACCGCUUAGACAGGGUCUCCCGGGAUGACACCCAGUAUUUAGAACUGGCCACCCUGGAACACAGGUUGCUGCAGGAAGAGAAGAGGUACCGAGCUGCCUAUUUAAAUGCAGAAGAAUCUGAGAGAGAAAAAUUCUCUCUCUUCUCUGCAGCUGUGAGGGAAAGUCAUGAGAAAGAGCGAACAAGAGCUGAAAAAACAAAGAACUGGUCUAUUAUUGGUUCUGUACUGGGAGCCAUUAUAGGUGUUCUUGGUUCCACCUAUGUUAAUCGAGUAAGGUUGCAGGAAUUGAAAGUCUUGGUGCUUGAAGCACAGAAGGGCCCAAUAAAUCUGCAAGAAGCCAUCAAAGAACAGGCCUCCAGUCAUUACUUACAGCAGAAGGAUCUCAGUGACGUCAUAGCAGACCUGAAAAAUGUGCUGCAAACAAGGACACCACAGGAAAUAAAAGAAGGCACUUUGUUAACUAGAGAAGACAAGAAUGACUCCAUAAAAAUAGAUUCUCUUUUAAUUCCUUUAAACGAGCAGCUAAACUACACUAAACAGGUCAGUUCGUGUCUAGGCAGUUUACAGCAGCAGUUAAACAGCCUGCAGGAGAGCAUUGCACAGCUGAUCUCUGAGGUGCAGAGUGUGAAACUGGCUGUCCAUGCCAGGCCUGCAGACAGAGCAGGUUCCAGGGCUGCAGCAGAGGGCACAGGCCAGGCCUCUGCAGUGAGGGACGUGAUUUUAGAGCUGUGUGACACCGAGCGGAGACUGGAAACGCAGAUCAAGAGGAAUUCUAUUUACAGCACUGCAGUGACCUGUGCUGUGGUUGCUAUUACUCUGCCAGUGCUCUAUAUUAUACUCAAAGGGAACUGAUCUCUAAUUGCCACAAUUUGCUAGGCUAAUAAAAGUAAAGUUGCACUCUGUAUACUCAGAGUUCAAGUCCAAAUAAAGCUGUGUUAGCGCUUCUCGUUAUGCUUCCUCCUGGAUACUUGGAAAACUUGUGAAGACUUAGUCCAUCUGCUCCUGCAGGCUCCAUGUUAACAGUCUCUGUCAUGCAUUGUGGUUUUUAAGUCCUCAGCCAAAGGAAAUUCUAGUUUCAUCUGUUGAUUUUAUUCACUGUUUCACUCUUUUACUGUCUAGUCUUGUAUAUCAUGCCAGUUGGUGACUUUCACUCUGGAGCUGUGUGAUUUUCUGUUCAAAUUAUUCAUUUAAUCUGUCACUGAUCUAAGUGCUUCAUGUGUAAUUCUUUAUGGUAUUGCUCCUGAUUUCUUCAUAGUUUUGCAGUUUGGCUAUACAAAAAAAAAUCCACAACAAACACAAGUAAUUUUGCCAAACACUUUGAAAUAGUUACCCUGAAUUUUUUUAAUUCUAUAUACAGUGCAGUGCCUUGCAACAUGACAAAGACAGGGCCCAUAUAAAAGAGGAGGACUGAAGUUACCGUGAUACAAUGUGGCUGUACAGCCAGAUGACACAUUUAAAAUCCCUUUAAGUUACAUGUGGUAGCUUUUUCUUAAAAGUGGUUUAUCAUGAAGUAUCCUGGAGCUGCAGCUAUUUGUUACUGAUAGCUCCAUGUCCUUGCUUGCAGGCAGGGAAAGAGAAAAAAGGGUUCAGAUACAGAGACGUGUUAAGUAUGAUGAUGCUUAUUCUGCCAAUAGAAGCCAAUUAUCCUUUCUCUACAAACUCCUUAACCCAUCAUUCCCUAGGUAUUUUGUAGUUUUACUAAUCAUCUAUGGAGCAAUCGCUUUCUUAUUCUUGCUAGUAUCUCAAGGGAACUUUCUCCAUUUUUUUUUCUUUUUUCAAUUUUGUCCUGUCUGGAAAUAGAAAUGCUACUCUACAGCAGGCACUUUUAAGCCAGUAUGUAAAUCAUAACAGCAUUAUGCAGACCACUCCAAAAUAAUGUUUUGAAAAAAAGUGAAAAGUCCAGUUGUCUGUUUUUCCUGGAAGGCUGAAGAAUGGUUCAUUCAGAAAACAGGCUUGUCUAAACCUCAGUAUCUGUGUGCGGUGUCACACGAAGCUGUUGGUAUCACUAUGAUAAGAAGCAGUUUUCUCCCUGUGGUGGGAGCAGAUAAGCAAAUCAGAUGAGAAGCUCGUGCUCUAUGAGCACUGUGAGGAACCUUUGCAGACAAAGAGUGACAAGCUCGCUUCAUGCCUUUGUGUAAGCUUUCAGAAUGACUAAGUUGUGUUUAUUAUAGAGUCUGCUGUGGUUGUGGUGGGUUUUUUUCUAUAGGCUCUCUCUAGUUUCCCCCAGUAACCAUGUUAAAAGAGUUUGAGGGUUUGACUAUGAGCUCCUAAGACCACAAAAUGUUUGUACAGGGACAUGUGCUCUGAGGCACCAAGUUCAUUUAGUAUCAUUAGGUGUUCUUAUGACCGAAUAAACAAAUUUUAUUGGGAGACAUCUGUGAUGAUUCACUGCUUUUCAGGGAGAUGAAGUAUGCACAAAGUGGUUUGGGGAAGGACCAGUGCUGAUUUAUAGAUUGAUUGUUUGGAGUGUAAACGUGAAUAACAAGUAUUUGUCAUAUUAUCAUAUUGCCUGAUCGAGAACUGGGAUAAAAAUCAUCUUGCACUUAGCUGUGUCAAGAAGUUUACAUACAGAUCGGUACCAUUUUUUUAAUCUGUAAUAUUUUGUUCUCUCAUUUCACAAAUAUUUUACAGGUUAUGCUUCUUGCAGGAGCUUGAAAAUCAGAUACGAGUGUGUAAUUAAAGGCGAAGGGGUAGUACAAUGGUUCCAUGUGUAAUUUGCCAACACUAGUCACUGAGAAUUUUGUUUUGUGUUUUUUAAUUAAUUUUUUCUUCAGUUUAACUACUUAUUAUGUAAGUGGCGGAAUUUUAGAUACUCAGCAUCAUGGAAAAGUGUGGAUUAUAUAUAUAAGCCUGGUUCUUAAAUGCUGAAUGUUGGGCAGCUAAACUUGAAAGUUGAGGCAGCACUCACUGAAUUGUACUUGGUGGCAUCAAAAAAGAGUGAAGGUCCAAGGCUAAGCAUGUAUUCAAUAAAUAAGAGAAUACAAAACCAA